AUGCUGCACCUGUCUAGGUACCCACCCAGUCGGCACAAUAACAACAUAAACCACUCCAAUAGGGGCCAAGGUGGUACAUAUUCAUACGGUCAACAAGCAUCAACGGGCGGUCAUAAUCGAGGUUUCAAGAGAAAAUAUAACUCAUAUGACUCGUAUAGCAAUCCGGGCUCCAGCUCUUACAGAGCAAGACAAAACUUGUAUCAACAGCAUUCAAACACCAAAUCACAUGAAAACCGAUACCAAUUGUGGAUGGGCGACCUUGAUCCUUCUUGGACUGAAGACUCUAUUCAUCUGAUGUGGUCUAGUUUGGUUGCACCACCAAAGUUUGUCAAGAUUAUGCGAGAUAGACUCAAUCCACUGAAGCCGUCUUACUGCUUUGUUACUUUUGAAGACCAGGAAUCGCUCGAUUGGGCUCUACAGAGGAACGGCCAAGUGGUACCAAAUACGCAGCGAAAGUUCAAACUUAGUCAGGCAAGUUCAAAGAAUAAUAUCUCCAGCAAUGCAGGGACAGGGAACGGUAGACAAUCAACAGGUGAAUUUUCACUUUUCGUGGGCGACUUGGCUCAGGAUGUUACCGACGCUGCCUUGUACAGUAAGUUCAAUUUGAAAUACCCCAAUCAAAUCAAACUGGCGAGAGUUAUAAUCGAUCAAGAGUCGAAACUCGGGAAGGGGUUUGGGUUUGUUAAAUUUUACACUGGAGCUGUAAUGGAAAAAGCUCUCAAGGAGAUGCAAGGUGUCAUGUUGGGAUCGAAAGCUAUUAGGGUCGGUAUUGCAGCCGGAUCAGAAACAACUCAACAAAGCUCUCAUUCUUCAAUACCGGAUCUCAAAAGAAUACCAUUGGCACAAAAUCAGCCAGAACUAGAAGCUAGUACAGAUGAGAAUAAUACUAAUAUCAACAUAUGCGGGUUGUCUUCAAAGUUUACAGAGAAUGAACUUGCACUUAUGUUUUUGUCUUUUGGGGACUUGAUUUACUGCAAGAUAUCGCGUGAUUUACAAGAAGGAUAUGUCAAGUUUGUAUCAAGGAACGCAGCAGAACUCGCAAUGUCACAUUUAAGUGGCUCUAUUGUAAACAAUUGCCGAUUAGAACUCCUUUGGGGAAGCUGUAUGAAAAUCGGUGAUGAGUUUUCCAAAUUCGAGCCAAUAACUGAAGGCAGUUACGAGAAGAAUAAUGUGCCACCAUUGACAUAUCAAUCGAAUGAAUACCGACAUGAAUGUUUGUAUCUGCUAACAAGGGACCAAGUGGUGGCGUAUGCGAAUAGAUUAGAUGGAAGUGAAGCCGCAUCGACACAACAGGUAAACGAAAUCUACAUAGGGCAAAAGAGGGCAAGAGAGCACCUACAAUAA